UCAGGUGAAACAUGCGCAGCAUCUUCAAAUCCAAAUUCAAAAAUACUUUAUUGAUCCCAGAGGGAAAUUAGGUAAUAUUAUUAUUAUAAAUUAGGUAUCUUAUUGGACCUGCCGGUCUACUGAAAGCCACCAACCCUGGAAAACCCUGAGCAGAGACGCACUGUGGCCGAGACAUCACUUUGUUUGGAUUGUCUGGAGCAUUUCUUUACCACUGAAAUCAGAUCGGUGCCGUCGACGUAAAUGCUGCCAGAAUUGUUCCCGUUUUUGGAAAACAGCCAAACUGUAAAGAUGAUGGCUGUCCUGGAGCAAUGGAAUACGGCUUCUGGACAUCACACGAACAACAACGAGAAGUAUUUCUGGAUUUUACUUUUCAAGUUUGGACUGGACGCAGCCGUUUUCUACGCCUGCUGCCCAAAACGGUUCACCUUCUUUUUGAGCGUGUGCAGCACGUCCAUCGUACUGGCCGACUUCCUGCUCACAGUCUUUAUGGGAAUUGUGUGGUUUCUAGGAGCCGAGGGAUCUUUUUCAUCAGCCUGCUUCCUCUUGGGCAAAGCCUCGGCAACUUAUGGAGUGCUGCCACUUCCCGUCAUGUUUCUGGGUUUCUUAGACUACUGUUUGCACGACACCUGCCUGGGCAACACCAGUGACCUCUGCAAGCUGCUCAAGAAUGUGAUCCUGACUGUGCUUGUGUGGGUGGCAGCCCUCGGUUAUGCUUUUGGAGUGUUUCACUCAGAACCAGUGCAGCUGGAUUACACGACGGGGAUCAAGGUGCUGGUCUGUAAGGUGGAGGAGUCUAUGUCGAUCACGGCCGUCAUUCUGGGUCUUUUUUCGGUGACUUUUGUCACGAUGCUGCCAUUUUGCUCGAGAAUCCCCCAGUGGGUGAAAGAGGCUGACAAGAUCUACGCAGCUCAGGAGGAACAGGAGAAAAUCACAAGCGACCUGUUCUUGUCUUCAACCUGGACUCUCAAACAUGAAACAAAGAGCGAAGAGGAGAAACACCCGAAGAGGAGCGUUGGGUCGCCGCCGCCUCUGUGGUUCAGCCUCAUGCUGGGCUUUCUGUUGUUCUGGAUGCCGUACCUCGUCGUGACCGUGUCCUGUCUGCUCUGUGGCUUCGCCGUGCCCGCCUACAUCUCUGUUAAUCUCCUGUGGCUGGAGUGCACCAACAGCUUCCUGGUCGGAAUGAUCUUCUGGGUGAAGAGCAAGAUUAGGGGCCCGUACAUCCACCUACCAGAAAACGUGUGCUCGUGGCAGAUUUACUGGCAUUUGAGCAAAGGCACGACAGAAUUGGACGUCCCUAUAGCCGUGCUUAAUCCAUCGCAAACAAACAAAAACGCUUUGCUCUAUGUGUGAGAAGAUGCCAAACGAACCGACUUUAUUGCCUCCACCUGGAGUUCAGAUAUGAAGGUGAAGACUUAAUGAAAACGAGCCAACAUCUGUAGACAGCUCAGAGUUGUACGAUUGUAAAUGCUUCACUUGACUCACAGCUCAUUUUACAAAGCAUCUAUAACUCUGGAGGCGCAAAAUGCACUACUUGAAUUGUAAAAGUUGUACAGCAAAGUGUUGCACAGUUCAACUUGUAGAAGUGUCUAAAAGAAAGAGGUUUGACUUGUAAAUAAUUUUGCAUGCUUCAAGACUAUUUAAGCUUCGGUGAAAUGCUGCAAUAGUGAAGGAAUUGCAUUCUCUUUUCACUUUGUUACAUGUUUGUAAAAUAAAGAUAUCAAUAUGAAAUCUUAAAA